AUGGGUGUAAAUAAAUCAACGUUAAGAACAGAGGAAAUAGAAGAAGUCCAACAAAUAACAGGUGUUUUUUCACAAAAAGAGAUAAAGAGAUUAUUCAAGAGAUUCAAAAGACUAGAUAAAGAAGAAAAGGGUGUCAUAAAUGUAGAAGAUUUUCCAGGUAUACCAGAGUUGUCAAUGAAUCCUCUUCUACCUCGUCUCAUAGCUAUAUUCGAUGUCAAUCGUGACAGUCAACUCAACUUUGCUCAGUUUGUAAAUACACUUUCAGUCUUUCAUCCAAAUGCCAAAAAGGAAGAUAAAUUAAAAUUAUAUGAUAUCAACAAUAUUGGAUAUAUAACAAAAGGAGAUAUUGAAACAGUUUUGACAAUGAUGGUUGGUAAUAAUCUAUUAAAGGAUCAAGUUGCUACCAUCGUUGCUGAAACAUUUGAAGAUGCAGACAAGGGAAACAAAGGAAAAUUAUCAUUUGACGAUUUUAAAAAUUCAUUCCAAGAUACAAUGCCAGAAAAUCUUUUAUCAAUUCAAUUUAGUAAUCCUUAUGAUGUAUAA